ACUACACACUUGUACACAGGGGCGGACUGACCAUUCGAGCACUCGGGCACUGCCUGAGGGCCCGGGGUCAGUAGGGGACCCCAUGAAAUGCCCCUGGUACCUUUUAUAGGCUUUUCUGGCUGUGCUUUGAGUGUGGGCAAGGACACAGGGGCCCCAUGAUGCCCUAUUGCCCGGGGGCCCCAUGCGUUGUCAGUCCGCCCCUGCUUGUACAGAUCUGUAAGUGCAGUUUUCAUGGAGCACUAAUCACUUUGGGGGGGGGGGGGGAUUUACGCGGUACAGUGUUUACCCACUUUUAUCCGCGUUUAGCACUU